ACGAUAUCAGUGCUGUUUGGUCAUCUCACUGUUUGUUUUGUUUUCUAUGGUCGUUGCGAUGCCGACUGUCGAAAGCUGCGAGCAGGGGCGUAGCACAGCUGAUAAUCGCUAAUAAAUUACCCCCUACAAGUCGGCAAGCAACGAUCAUACAACAAAAUACCAGAUUAAAAAACUACUAGAUUACCAUAAAAUACUAACUCUAGAUACCAAUGUAAUAGGGAAGAUCUGAAACAAGCGAGUUGGUAACAUUGUUGAAUAGAAAAAGCUCUUGAAAUAAACGCACAAUUUACAUAGAUGACGGCUAGGCAAUGUUUUAAAUAAAACCAGUGGAUUCGCGAAGUUGCAUAUUUACUCCUGCUUCCUGAGCAAACAUUGGCGCCCCCGGGUGGACUCACUGGUUCUUGGCCGUCUUCUAAACUUCGGAUUUGCGUAUUGUUAUAAGUUGGCAAAUCACCAAGAGUUAUAUAACAAGUGCACGCGGCCAAUUCGCGUUACGCAACAAAUGCAUCGGCAUCGCACAUUGGGUGCAUGGUCCAAGUUGGAGACGCAUUUACGCGCCCGUGCAACUUUAAUUUCAUCUUUCGUUGUUGGAGCGCCCGCACAGCCGGAGCGCAGUACCCACGUACAUCUCGGCGUAGAGGGAGCGCACAUCGGCUGCGUCCAUCUCCUCGCCACAUUCUCGUCGGCACCCAUAGAGAGGUGCAAUAGAACGUCGUCUUUCGUCGCUGGAGCACCCGGAGAGGGGUGAGCCCCAUACAUCAUCGUAGAGGGAGCGCACAUCGGCUGCGUCCCUAACCUCCAUUUCGUCACAGGAGAGCAUCAGCGGGCUUCAACCUAACCUUGUCGGAAACACCGAGAAGUACAGCGAUCCGUAUUGUAUAUGCAGAUUUGUUGGGCGGCGCGGCCCGCUCGAUCGACUGUACUGCGACAAUGCAACCAAUUUUGUUGGUUCCUCACGGCUGCUUCAGGAGAUGGCCUCCGAUGUCCGCAGUACACUGGGAACGUACGGCGUCCAUCACCAGGUUGAGUUCGUCUUCAUUCCGCCCCGGUCGCCUUAUUUCGGGGGCCUAUGGGAGGCCGCCGUCAAGUCCGCCAAACACCUCUUUUUGAGGGCCGUCGGAAACGCCUUGCUGAAGGAGGACGAAGUCCAGACGAUCCUGGUUGAAGUGGAAGCAGUGCUUAACUCGCGUCCGCUAGUAGCUGACAGCAGCAACCCUAACGACGGAGAGGCUAUUACUCCAGCCCACUUUCUGGUAGGCACCACGCUCGCUGCUCUACCCCCAGGAUCGGCACCUCCUCAUCCGGACGACGACCUAACUCAUCUACAACGCUGGCAGCUUAUAUCAGCCAUCAAGCGACGGUUUUGGCGAGACUGGUCCCGUGACUACAUAGCUGGGCUGCAGCAAAGAGUUAAGUGGACAAAGGAAUCGGCCAACCUUCUACCAGGAACCAUCGUCGUCAUCAAAGAGGACAAUUUACCGCCCCAGCAGUGGCUGCUCGGCAGAGUCACCGAAGUAACGCACGGAUCGGAUGGCAAGGUGCGCGUUGCUCUAGUAAAAACCAAGCAAGGCGUAUACAAACGCUCAGUACAUCAUCUGGCACCUCUUCCCAUUAAUUGAAGGCCUACAGCGCUUCAACGCGGGCGAUGUUUGGUCAUCUCACUGUUUGUUUUGUUUUCUAUGGUCGUUGCGAUGUCGACUGUCGAAAGCUGCGAGCAGGGGCGUAGCACAGCUGAUAAUCGCUAAUAAAUUACCCCCUACAAGUCGGCAAGCAACGAUCAUACAACAAAAUACCAGAUUAAAAAACUACUAGAUUACCAUAAAAUACUAACUCUAGAUACCAAUGUAAUAGGGAAGAUCUGAAACAAGCGAGUUGGUAACAUUGUUGAAUAGAAAAAGCUCUUGAAAUAAACGCACAAUUUACAUAGAUGA